AUGUUUUUGUGAAAAUGACAGAAUUUGCUCUGUUGUUUGCUUUGGUCUUUUUUUACGGCACUCGAAUCCAAGGGAUGAACUCGGCGAUAUGUAGUGGCAUUUUCCGCCCCCUGACGGGUCUCCAUGACUACUGUUAUUGGAUGCUAACGGAUAUGCAGAGCAGCGAGCAGAGUAAUGAAUCAUGUGGUCAAGAUGGCGGUACGCUGGCGUGGGUAAAUAGUCCAGAGGCGCAGGCAUUUGUGGAGAAAACUUUUAACCAAACCUUGUACACGGCGACUUUGGCCACCCUUUACAUCGGUGUCCAGGGUCCUGACGUUAGUGGGGACUAUCAUGUGUACAAUGGGGAGAAACAGUACUACUUUAAUUGGGAUGCUUCCGUGUAUACGCCACCCGGUCGACCAGACUGGAAUUGUGUCAUGCUUUACUAUGACGUCAAUAGUGCUAUCUACUUUAAAUGGCGGGAAACGAGAUGCAUUCUUCCUAAACAAGCACUCUGUUCAAGGACGAUACAACGAGAAUAUCUGUCCUCCUACUUUGACAAAGCCUACAUUGGUAAGACUUUUUCUGGACACGAAGUUGUUGUACUGGAAAAUUUAAGCUUCAUACGCUGCGCCUUUGCUUGUCAGAUGAACAUCAGAUGUAGAUCUAUUAAUCAUGACGUCACGAACAGACGCUGCACUAUUAAUGGCGAAACAGCCGAGAGCUAUCCCUCUCAACUGACUGCUGCUCCUAACGUCAACUAUUAUACUGUAUUUAUAUAAGCAUGUCGCUUUCUAAAUAUAUGUUUCUAUAUGUAUCUUCAAAAUAAAGU